GCUAUAACGCAACCCCCUCGUCGUCCCAUUCCCAUCCGCAACGAGACGAACCCAAGCCUGAAACCCCACACAGCAAUGGAGAACGGCGGCGGCGGCGGCAGCAGAGUCGACGUCCCCGACGACGCCAACGAGCAUUGCCCUGGAACGCAGUCGGAGGAUGCGGGGAAGGCGGAUGCCUGCGCCGGAUGCCCCAACCAGCAGAUUUGCGCCACUGCCCCCAAGGGCCCUGAUCCCGAUGUGGUUGCUAUUGUUGAGCGGCUGGCUACGGUGAAGCACAAGAUACUAGUUCUGUCUGGAAAGGGAGGUGUUGGAAAGAGCACAUUCUCAGCUCAGCUCUCAUUUGCCCUAGCUGAAAUGGAGCAUCAGGUUGGCCUUCUUGACAUAGAUAUCUGUGGCCCUAGCAUCCCAAAAAUGUUAGGGCUGGAGGGUCAGGAUAUUCAUCAAAGCAACCUUGGCUGGUCCCCGGUCUAUGUUGAGUCAAACCUUGGUGUUAUGUCAAUUGGUUUCAUGCUGCCUAACCCAGAUGAUGCUGUCAUAUGGAGGGGUCCCCGCAAGAAUGGACUGAUAAAGCAGUUCUUAAAGGAUGUUGACUGGGGGGAGAUCGACUAUCUUGUAGUGGACGCACCUCCAGGAACAUCUGAUGAACACAUCUCGAUUGUGCAGUACCUCCAGGCCACAGGAAUCGAUGGUGCGAUAAUUGUCACGACUCCGCAGCAGGUCUCUCUAAUCGACGUGAGGAAGGAGAUAAAUUUCUGUAAGAAGGUCGGUGUUCCAGUCUUGGGAGUUGUGGAGAACAUGAGUGGCCUGAGGCAGCCACUUUCAGAUCUCAGGUUCAUGAAGUCAGGUGAGUCGGGCGAGACAGACGCUACGGAGUGGGUGCUGAACUGCAUCAGGGAGAAAGUGCCCGAGCUUCUAUCGGUUGUGGCAUGCAGCGAGGUGUUUGACAGCAGCAAGGGCGGGGCAGAGAAGAUGUGCAUCGAAAUGGGGGUCCCUUUCCUCGGUAAGGUGCCCAUGGAUCCUCAACUGUGCAAGGCAGCCGAGGAAGGGAGAUCGUGCUUCACUGAUCAGAAGUGCAGUGCCAGUGCUCCGGCUCUUCAGAGCAUUGUGAAGAAGUUGAUCAAGACUGAGUGAGAAAAUAGUGUUGGCCCGCUGGGGAUCGGGCGGUGAACGAUGAACUGCUGUGACAAUGCCAGAGUUCUUACUAUGUAUGUUGCUGUGUUACACGCUGAAUUUGUUUUAGUGCUGGUAUUGGAUCCAGUAAGUUUUUGUUCGUGAAUUAUCAGUGGGGCCACAAAACUAUGAAACUACUGCAGAUUCUGAGUGAAGUAUGUUUCGGGCUGCUGCCUGAAUGAUGCUUGCUUUACAUGCUUUGUAAUGUAUGUACCUUAACCGAA